GGAGGGAGAGACAGAGAAAGAUCAGAUCUGGGGAAAAAGGGAUUGUAAAGCUCAUGCAGCUUGUCUCCAAUUAAAUCCCUUCUCGUCAAAUCCACGGGGCUGGCUGCUGCUGCUACUGAUGAUGGUGAUGAACUGAAGAAUCGGGUGACUUGCUCGAGACCGUAAGGGGUGAAGGAAGACGACGGCGACUGAGAGUGGAAAUCGAACUGGAAGGAUGAAGAAGCGCUGCUGGUGGUGGUGGUGGUUGUAUUGCAGCAGGUGGGGAUGGCGGAGGAAGAAGCGGCGGAGCAGUGACGACGGCGAGGAGAUCCUAUCGUCGGCCAUGGAGGGGAUUUGGGGGGGGACAAGAGGAGCAGUUGUUGUGGGUUUGAAAUGGAGAGAAGGCAUGAGAGAGAGGAGGAAGAAGAUAAGAAUUUUGUGGAGGGAGAAGGAAGAAAAGGGAUGGGGUCUCUGCCCUCUGGAGAGAGAGGAGGAAGAAGAUAAGAAUUUAGUGGUAGGGAAAGGAGAGAAGAAGAAGAGUUUUGGUUUGCUAGGGAGAGGAGAGAGGAAGUAACGUGGGUGG